UAAAUUGUGUAAAUAAUUCAAAAAAUAAAAAACAAAUUUAGUGAUUUAAAAAAAUAAAAUUUUUUAAUUAUUUUACAAAAAAAAAAAUUAUUGUGAUCUUUAUUUUUUGUGAAUUAUUUUGUGAAUUCAACAAAAUUAUAAAUUGAAGAAUAUUUCCUUACCUCAAUAAAAUAAAAUUGUAAUAAUGUCAACAAAAGGAUUUGAUACUCGAUAAUCGAUCGAGAAUGUGUUAAACAUACUCAAUUUAUUUAAGUUGUGUUUAUAAUUUACCAAAUUAGUAAAAAAAUAAAAUUAAUUAAAUCAUUGAAUUAAUAUAAAAAAUAAAGAAAAAAAUAAUUGAAUUUCAAAAUUCUUAAUUAAUUUAAUAAAAACCGUACUAUAUUGGGAUUAAAGUACCUAUAUUAAAAUAAAAUGACAAUUUCAUAUUCCUGUGAAGUACCAAAUGGUAGUAGUUUUGGAUGUUUUUGGAAAAUAUUAUGGAAAUGGCGCGGUAGUGUUUAUAAACUUGUAUGGAGAGAAUUAAUAGCAUAUUUAUGUUUAUAUUAUACAAUUAAUUUAGUUUAUAGAUUUGCACUAACAGAACCUCAGCAAAGAAUAUUUGAAAAAAUAAAAAAAUAUUCAAGCAGUCAAUUAGAUUCAUUACCAUUAUCAUUUGUACUUGGUUUUUAUGUUAGUCUUGUUGUUAAUCGAUGGUGGGAACAAUAUAGAUUAUUACCAUGGCCAGAUACAUUAGCAUUAUUUAUAACAACAGCAAUUCCAAAUAAUACUGGAAAUAAUGAAACUGGUCGUUUAAUGAGACGAAAUAUUAUGAGAUAUAUGGUUUUAGCAUAUGUUAUAACAUUACAAAGAAUAUCAUUACGUGUUAAAAGACGUUUUCCAACACCACAACAUUUAGUUGAUGCCGGUUUAAUGUUAGAAAGUGAAAGAAAAAUAUUUGAAGCAAUGGAUUCAAGAAGUCCAAUGUCAAAAUAUUGGAUGCCAUUAGUAUGGGCAACAAAUAUUAUAAAUCGUGCACGUAGAGAAAAUUUAAUAGCAUCUGAUCAUAUAGUACAAACAAUAUUACAAGAAUUGUCAGAUAUAAGACGUCGUUUAGGUGGUUUAAUUGGUUAUGAUACUGUUUGUGUACCAUUAGUAUAUACACAGGUGGUAACACUUGUACUUUAUACAUAUUUUACGGCAUCAUUAAUGGGAAGACAAAUGUUGCCAGGCCAUAAAGAUACUGAUGAUUUAUAUUUUCCAAUUUUAACAGUAUUACAAUUCGUAUUCUAUGUUGGAUGGCUUAAAGUUGCCGAAGUUCUUAUUAAUCCAUUUGGAGAAGAUGAUGAUGACAUCGAAUUAAAUUGGUUAAUUGACAGACAUAUUAAGGCUGCCUAUAUGAUAGUAGAUGAAAUGCAUGCAGAACAUCCUGAACUAUUAAAAGAUCAAUAUUGGGAAGAAGUUGUGCCAAAAGAUUUACCAUAUACUGUUGCAUCAGAACAUUAUCGUCGUACAGAACCAAAAGGUUCAGCUGAACACUUUAAAGUCAAACAAUCAGAUGCAGUUUAUGCUAAUAUAAUACCAAAUACAAAACGUAGUAAUUUACCAGAAGAAGUUUAUGCUGAUUAUGAAAGCGUCGAUACACCAAUGGUUGAACGUCGGAAAAAUUGGUUUAGUCGUCAAAUAACACGUAUGGGAUCAGCACGAAGUUCAUCAACUGCUUAUUCAUCUGGCGGUUUAUUUAAUAGAAAUCGAAUUAAUUCAGUUUAUUCAAAUCCAGAAGCUGGUAUUCCAUUACCAAAUCAAACAAAUAAUAAUAAUAGUGGAAAUGGUGGUGGUGGUGGUAGUUCACAAGCAGAUGGUCCACCUCCGACACGUAAAAUGAGUUUAUAUGAUAAAUUUGUAAAUCGUAAAUCGUUAAGAACUCAACGACAAUUAACUAAGCAAAAUACAAAGCUUAAUAUGAAUGGUGGAUCAGGAAAUGCUAUUUCAAAGGGACGACCACGAAUUCCAACACCUGAUGUAACUAAAGAAGGUAGUAGUGGUUUUGGUAAUAGUAAUACAAGUGUCGGUGGUAAUGAAAAACCUGGUGGUCGUUUUAAUUUAUCAUUAACAACAAGUUCAGGAUUACCAGUUUCACCAGUUGCUUCUGGUGUUGCGCUAAUGACAUCACAAUUAGCUAAUACACCGACAAUGUAUCAGCAGGCAUCUGAUGUUCCAGUUGUUGGUACACUAUUAUUAUCACCAAUUAGUGAAAUGGAUAGUAAUUCAACACAUAAUACAUUACAAGCUGGUCAUCCAGCAACUGCUGCACUAGCACAAGCUGUUCUACCAAAACAAUUACAAAAUGCUCAAUUUGGUACUGUUUCAACUUCUAUAGCAAAUUCAAAUGGUAUAUCAACUUUAUCAUUUCCAUUUACUGUAACAUCAACAUCUGAUUCAAUACCGGGGACAUUAUCAAUUGUACCAAUAACAUCACCAGCAAUUAUAACAACAUCAACUGAUUUAGAUUUAAACACAACAAAAAAUUCAUCUAUUGAAUAUAAUAAUAAAAAUAAUACGAUACCAAUAACAACUAUAUCAUUAUCAAUACCAAAAGUUGCAUCUCAAACAUCAUUAAAAGAUUUAUUAUCAGAUACAUCAUCAAAUGAUAAUUUCUUAACAGUUGUAAAUAAUAGUAAUAAUAUAAAUAAUAAAGAUAAUAAUAUUUUAUCAUUAUCAAGAAAAUCAAGUAAUCAAUCAAUUAAAGAUAGUUAUAUACUUGAGAAAAAAUAUUCUGAUAUUAUAAUUAAUGAUAAUAUUGAUAAAAUUGAUUCAUCAUUAGUUAAUUUAAAUAAUAACAAUAAUAAUAAUAAUAGUAAUGGUAGUAAUAAUUCUAAUAUUAUUAAUAAUGAUGAUAAUAAUGAUAAUAAAGAAUUAAAUAUAAAUACAACAUCAACAACACCAUCAACAUUAACUAAACGUAAUCCACAACCACAAAAAGGUGAAGUUUAUGUAUAAAAUGUUAAAGUAGUUAAGACACAAACCAUAUAUUAAAAUUUUCAUAAUUUUUCACCACACAAACACAGAAUUUUUUUCUACUGUUUUGAAAGUUUAAAAUUAUUGUGUUGAAUAUCUAUUAUUAUUUUUGUAUGAAUUUGUGUGGAAAAUUUGAAUAUUUGAAACAGCAAAAGCUCUGCUUACGAGUAUUAUUGGAUUAAUUAGAGUUUUGUUAUUCUACUGAUUAAUUAGUAUACAAAAAACAUUUAGCAAAAAAUAUUUGUGUUUGUGAUUUAUAAUAAAAUUCUUUUUAUAUUCCUGAUAUUAGAGAAUAUUUUAUAUUUGCUUUUUCUCCCAAUAUUCUAAUAUGUUGUAUAAUUCAAACCGUUUGUAAAUAUAAAACCCAAUAAUUCCAUGUAAACCUAAAUCAUGUAGUAGUUCUAGAACAAAGAGGUUUCCAAAAUUCAAUUAUUUUUAAAUCAUACAAGUUUAUUUUAAAAGUAAUUAAAAUCUCUUACUUAAAUAAAACCUAGCCAUGGGUUGGUUACCACCUAAAGUAAUUAAUAAAAAAUGUGAAUAAAUGAAAUUAUCGCGUUUAUAAGACGUUUCAUAUCAAAAGCCAUUUUCGUAUUAGAUCUGCAUUAAGUAUAAACUCCCACAGUAAUGACAAUAGAAACUUGCAUGGUUACGACACUGACGGCUUACGACACAGACAAUGAAGAAAAUUCUUAAAAUUUUGAUAUUUUAAUAAAUAAAUCAAUUUAAUUUAAUUUCAAUUUUUUUUUUUUAAAUAAUAUACGAGGUAUUAAAUAUGUUUUUAAUAUUAUAAAUUUUAAUAGUAAUACUAUGUAAUUAGAAAAUAUUUUUUAUUUUAAUAAAUAAAAUUAAGUAUUUUUAAUAAAAUAGAUUUUUAAAUUCAA